AUGAGUGGCACUGAUCGGGUUGGCAAGGGAGAAGACUCCACCGCUGAUCGUAAUACCAAAAAGGUUCGGUUUAAAAAUGGCAGUGGUGACUCUUUGGCAUAUAUGGUGGUUGACUCGUCCCCAGCAAGCGGAGUUUCAUGGAAAGAUAAAUUCUUGGGAGGAUCAGCUUCUAACUCUCUUGAUGGUGCUGCUAAUCUCGAUUUAGAGUUUGAAGAUGGGGAUAUUCGUAGAUCCAACCUUAAUGGUAUUCCUACCAUUGACUUUUCAGAUCGCAUUACCAAAAUCUUGAUCAAAGGAAUGGAGCUCACUGUGGUGGUCAAGUUGCUCGGGCACAAUAUAGGCUAUGGGGCUCUGUAUAAGCAUAUCACUAGUGUCAUGGGUUGCGCAUGGGAGCCUGCAACCAUGACACAUCUGUGUGAACUAUCAAGAAGGAAGGAGGAGUCCGUUGGUGACAUGAAGGAGACACUCGAAGUGGUCCUAACCCGUAUGGAGGAACUGAGGGAAGAUAGCAAGGAGUUUGUGUUGGACUCCCUCGGAUCCACUUCGGACAAACCGGCAGAGAGGGACGAAGCUCUUGAGGCCUGGCCGAUCGCCAUGAAGGAAGAGAUUGCUGAGCUUAAGGGGAGCUCGAAAUCACAACGUCAUGUGGAUGUUCCAAAACCCGAGAAGUUCAAUGGGAUUAGGUCCGCAAGAGAAGUGGACAACUUCCUGUGGAAAUUGGAGCAAUAUUUUCGAGUAAUUGGCAUUGAGAAUGAUGCCACCAAGGUAAACACCGCUUCAAUUUACUUUUCUGAUGUUGCUCUCUUGUGGUGGAGACGUAGGUCCACGGAUGAGAAACGUGGAAGAACGACAAUUAGAACUUGGGAGGAGUUCCAAAGAGAGUUGAAGAAGCAGUUUUAUCCACAACAUGCCGAAAAGGAGGCUCGUGCUAAGUUACGUCGGCUUACGCAACAAGGCACUAUUCGAGAUUAUGUUUGGGAAUUCAGCGAGUUGAUGCUUCAGAUCUCAGACUUGAAUGAGAAAGAAGCAUUCUAUUGGUUCGAGGAUGGUUUAAAAAUGUGGGCCAAGCAAGAGUUGCGUCGCCUAGAUAUCACCGAAUUGACCGAAGCUAUGGCCAAGGCAGAAAAUUUCUAUGAUGUUGGGGGUAGAAAGUUUGAUAAUAAUGAUUCUUUCAAACCCAAGUCGAGACCCAAAGGCAAUGGUGGGGGAGACAAGGAUCAAUGGGAAAAGAAUGACGAAGGCCCAAAGUCUAGUCAAGGUAAGCCUUGGGAUAGAAAAGGACCAAUGAAGUGCUUUCUUUGCCAAGGCCCACAUAGAAUAAAUGUCUGUCCAAAGAGAGCCGCUUUUCAUGCCAUGGAGGCACGCGAGGAAGCCGAAGAUGACACUAAAAGCCUUAAUUCGAUAUUAGGAGGUGUCGAAGAAAAAAGAUUGAAUGCACUUGUUGAUCUUGAAGGCGUCGAUUUAUUCAUGUCCAAAGAAAUGGCAAAGGAACUUGGCCUCAGAAUUGAGGAAGAUUCGGGACGAAUCAAAACGGUGAAUUCAGAAAACAUUCCCAUAACAGGAGUGGCAAAAGGGGUAGAACUCAAACUUGGCGAGUGGACGGGUAAAGCGACCAUUAAGGUAAUCCCACUUGAUGAUUACGAUUUUGUAGUUGGAUUAAAUUUACUUGACAGGCUUAAUGCGGAUAUUCACCCUUCCGAGAAUUACAUGACAAUCUCCGAUGCAAACCAACGAUAUAUGGAAAUGGAACGGUUGCUAAAGUCAUUUCAAGAUGUAAUGCCCAUGGAGUUGCCCAAAAGAUUGCCACCAAAGAGGGAGGUGGACCACAAGAUUGAACUGUUGCCCAAUACUGAACCGCCAGCAAGGGCACCAUAUCGAAUGGCUCCACCGGAACUAGAGGAAUUGCGGAAGCAGUUGAUAGAGCUUUUAGAUGCCGGGUUCAUUAGACCUUCUAAAGCCUCAUUUGGGGCACCUGUGUUAUUUCAAAAGAAGCAUGAUGGAUCUUUGAAAAUGUGCAUCGACUACAGGGCCUUAAACAAAAUCACUAUAAAAAAUAGGUAUCCCAUUCCUCUUAUUGCAGAUUUGUUCGAUCAACUUGGUAGCGCGAGAUGGUUUACUAAGUUGGAUUUGCGAUCGGGGUACCACCAAGUGAGAAUAGCCGAAGGGGAUGAGCCCAAGACAGCCUGUGUAACUAGGUAUGGGUCUUUUGAGUUCUUAGUGAUGCCGUUCAGGUUGACAAAUGCUCCGGCCACAUUCUGUACCCUAAUGAAUAAGGUAUUACAACCUUUCUUGGAUCGUUUUGUGGUUGUUUAUCUUGACGAUAUUGUGGUGUAUAGUAAGACGCUCGAAGAGCAUGUGGGACACUUGGGGGAAGUGUUCCAAACUCUACGAGAAAAUGAGCUAUAUGUCAAAAAGGAGAAAUGCUCAUUUUUCCAACGAGAAGUGUCAUUUCUAGGCCAUAUUGUGGGAGGUGGCACGAUUCGAAUGGAUGAAAGUAAAGUUCGAGCAAUUGCCGAUUGGGAGCCACCAACCAAGGUGAUGGAGUUGCAGUCUUUCCUUGGAUUAGCAAAUUACUACCGUCGCUUCAUUAAAGGCUAUUCCAAGAUCACUGCACCCUUGACGGACCUGUUGAAAAAGGGCAAAGUGUGGGAUUGGGACCCUCAGUGUAAGAAAGCCUUCAACCAAGUGAAGCAAGCGAUGACGAGUGAGCACUGCAUCGCAUUGCCAAAUUUUUCAAAGGCGUAUGAGGUACGCAUGAUGCUUCGAGUAUGCGAUUGGAGGGUGUUGAUGCAAGAUGGGCAUCCGAUUGCUUUCGAGAGUCGAAAGCUUAACGAGAUAGAACGGAGAUACACGGUCCAAGAAAAAGAAAUGACGGCAGUGGUGCAUUGUUUACGUACAUGGAGACACUAUUUGCUGGGUUCCAGGUUUGUGGUAUUCACUGAUAAUGUUGCAAAUAGCUAUUUCUUAACCCAGAAAAAGUUGUCCCCCAAGCAGGCUGGUUGGCAGGUUUUCCUAGCAGAGUUUGAUUUUAGCAUGGAAUACAAGCCGGAGAGUGCCAACAUUGUGGCCGAUGCACUUAGCCGAAAAAUAGAAUUUGCAACGAUAAGCCAACCCGAGAGUCCCUUAUUAGAGCGCAUUCAAGAAGGACUGUCCCAUGAUCCCACGGCCAAAAAUUUGAUGGAGCUUGCUAGAGAUGGAAAGACAAGACGAUUUUGGCUCGAGGGAGAAUUGCUAUACACUCAUGGGCAACGUCUAUAUGUGCCUCAACAUGGGAAUUUACGAAGAGAAGUCAUGAAGGAAUAUCAUGAUUCAAAAUGGGCUGGCCAUCCCGGAGUACACCGCACCUUGGCUCUAUUGAAGGAUCGAUUUUAUUCGCUUCACAUGGGUGAUGAUGUGGAGACCUAUGUGAAAACUUGUUUAAUAUGCCAACAAGAUAAGGUUGAGUUGAAAGCCCCUACUGGUUUGUUACAACCGUUGCCCAUUCCGGAGCGCCCAUGGGAGAGUUUGUCCAUAGACUUUAUCACAGGUUUGCCUAAAUCUGAUGGACUCGCGAGUAUUUUUGUUGUGGAGGAUAGGUUUUCGAAGUAUGCAACUUUCAUCCCCGCAACCAAUGAGUGUCCCGCUGAGGAGGCAGCUCGCUUAUUCCUUAAGCAUGUGGUGAAGUAUUGGGGGGUACCACAGUUUAUCAUCAGUGAUCGAGAUGGGCGAUUCACGGGUCGAUUUUGGACAGAGUUGUUCAAAUUAAUGGGCUCAGAUUUAAACUUUUCCACUAGCAUGUAUCCCCAAACUGAUAGGCAAACCGAACGAGUGAAUGCAUUGUUGGAGACGUAUCUUCGGAACUAUGUAAGUGCAACACAAAAGGAUUGGCCAAAGUUGUUGGAUGUGGCUCAGUUUUCGUAUAACUUACAACGAAGUGGAGCAACGAACCAGAGUCCGUUUGAGAUAGUGACGGGGCAACAGCCGCUUACACCCAAUGCAGUUGCAACUCGUUAUGUGGGACCGAAUCCAGCAGCUUAUCGAUUUGCGAGGGAUUGGCAAGAGCAAAACGAUCUAGCUAGAGCUUGUCUACAUAAGGCAAGUAAGCGCAACAAGAAAUAGGCGGAUCGAAAUCGAAGGGACGUGCAAUUUCAAGUUGGUGACCCAGUUCUUGCCAAACUACACCUGAUUUUGCGACAUGAUAGGUUACACAAAGGACUCGUUCGGCGGUAUGAGGGGCCAUUUCGAAUUGUGAAGAAGGUAGGCAAGGUGGCCUACAAGCUUGAGUUGCCUGAAAAGCUUAAAGUUCAUCCAGUAUUCCAUGUGAGUAUGCUUAAGCCAUUUCAUGAAGAUGGAGAAGACCCAAAUCGAAGCAAGUCUGAACGAGCACCAAUGGGGGUAAAAGUCGCCUAUGAUCGAGAGGUCGAGAACAUUGAAGCGGAUCGUGUGGUCAGACGUAAGUACUACCGACCGCGGCGUGAAUACUUAGUCCGAUGGAAGGGAUUCCCGGAUAGUGAGAUGAGUUGGGAACCUGCUGAAGCCCUGUGGCAAUUCCAAGACAAGAUAGAUCGAUACCAUACGGAGGACGCGACGAGGGCGUCGCUAGAUUUGGUGGGGGAGAAUGUCAUAGAUCGAAACGGUCACGACGGUGAAGAAAUUCCCAUAAGACCUUUGAGUAGUGAAACAGCUUCGGCGACGAAGAGGGAUGCUUUGCCAACGGUGGAAGAAGCCUUUGUUCCAUGGAUGGUAAAAGGCAAGGAAAUUAGAAAAGGGUCUGGGUCAGUGGCUGUGACUGCGGUUAAUUUGAGCGAAGGUCUGUCGGGUUGUGUUGAUGAAUGUGGGCCAGCCUUAAAUUCUGGGUCUUUAGGGGAUAAUAACACAGGACAAGGGUUGGGAUUAAAAGCCCAUGUGUCGCAGUGGGUCGGUGUUAUGGCUUCUAAAAAUCCUGGGCCACAUUCGGAUAUAGGCCUUUCGCAGAAAAGUGUGCAUGGUGUGGAGAAAUCGUUCGUGGGCGUGAAGGCCGUUGUGGAGCAUGAGGCUGGGCAGAAACUGCUGGUGUCUGCACUAGGUAGCAGGCUAGGAGCACUGACGUCGAGAAAUCUCGGUCAAGAGUUAAUCACAGUCAAGAUCCGCUCUAUCCCCCAGGAUUCACUCCGCCGCAUUCCCACGCAACACAAAGAGGGUACACCAAGGGAACCCACGGACACUGAGCAGCAGGCGGUGCCACCUGCUCACAUAAGGCAAGGAAUGUUUGUAUCAAACCCGGGGGCUAGUCCUACUGAUCCACUCGUUCCAGAUUUGGACGAUCCAGCAGAAAUAGCCAAGUUGAAAACCGGUGAUCACGAGGUUCAAGAGAAGUAUAGGAGCUUAGAGGAAAGACUUAAAGCAAUAGAGGGUAUUGAAGCCUUCUCUGUACUGAGUGCCAAAGAGCUCAGUUUGGUGCCCGAUCUGUACAAGCAUGUAUCAGAUAUGGUGCCUGAUCAAAUGACCCUACAAAUGAUGGAAAAUAAAGCAGCAGAAAAUUUUAGACAGGAGGUGCGAGUUCUAAAUUUGUUAGAGUAUUCCAAGAAUAGAAUCGAGAACAGUCUUUUAGAAACUAGGGUCAGUGGGGAGAAAGCGGAUUUGGUUAUUACUAAGCUCAGUUUUCACAAUUCUCAUUGUGUGGAAGCAAUCGGUUUUUCAGGAGGUAUCUGGACUAGGUGGAACGAUUCGGUUAGUGUGGAGGUGCUCCAAAGUCAUCCCCAGUUUGUCUUAGCCAAAGUUAUUGAUAGCUCUUUUCAGCAGCCUUUUUUGGUUUCCUUUGUGUAUGGUAGUCCUAAGAAUCAGAAAAGGAAACAUCUAUGGGAGUUUACUUGGCAAAGAGGGGGGAUUGUUGAGCUCUUAGACAGGGCUAUUUGCAAUAUUGCUUGGAACACAUAUUUUUCGAAUUCAAUGGUGGCCUAUUUACAACAGCUCAAAUCUGACCACAAGCCUCUUAAAUUGUCUCUUUUUCCUGAGGUUCAUUCUUUGCAAGGGCAUCCGUUCAAAUUCUUAGCCAAUUGGAUUGAACAUCUAUCCUUUUCGGACUUUAUUAAAGAGAAUUGGAGGAUGUCUAUGAGCAUGUUGUCUCUUCACUCUAAGUUCACGGACCGAGUUAAGAUUUGGAACAAAGAGGUUUAUGGUCAUAUUUUCACUCGUAAAAAACUCUUGUCUCGUAAAUUAGAACAUAUUGAGAUUGAACGAGAUAAAACUAACUCGGAGUUUCUUAACAAGUCGAGAUGGAUGUGA